GAAUCAUGGUAUUGCGAAUCAUCAACUAAAACAUUGGUAUCGUUGGACCCCCGGUACUGUUGGGAUGGGGAUGUUUCGGGCAUGGGUACAUGGCGAUCGUAUUCAUCACUUGCCCGCAGCGGGGAUACGGGGUGUGGAACAAAGUUCUCGUUCUCUUGGGUGUCUAGGAUGAGGCCGUAUCCGCGGCCUCCAUUCCCCGAGCCCGGGCUCCUGAUAGUGGGUCUAACGUGCGGAUGCUGAUACUCGAGCUCGUGCUCUUCUUGCGCGGCUGUUGGCUCGGAGGUAUUGCCCCGUUGGCGGGAAUGGCGUCCGCAUUGCCAUCCCAAAUUGAUUACAAUACGCAGAGAUCGGGGCAAUUAACGGCUUCCUUCGACUUCAGAUGCCCGGAGGUUCGUGCGGCGACGCUCGCAGCCAUUCGUUCACACAACAGUGAAGCUUACGGGAGCUGGGCACCAAAGCCAUCUUAAGAAACCCAAGCGACCUACAAGCACGGAUCG